CAUAGAAUUUUGUCAUUGAAGAUGGAGCUUGUAUCUCAUGUAGAUGAUGUUGAAGUCCAAAAUCGUUCUCUCUUUGCGACAUCUAAGAAUCCGAUGACGCUCAAGUUCGAAGAUGUCGUGUACAAGAUCAAGACCAAAACCAAAUCCAACUCCAAAACCAAAGGCACACCGACCGAGCGCAAAAUCCUCAAAGGCAUCUCCGGCCUCGUCCUCCCCGGUGAAAUGCUCGCCAUGAUGGGCCCCUCCGGCAGCGGAAAGACCACCCUUCUCACCGCCCUCGGCGGCCGCCUCAGCAGCCACCUCACCGGCUCCAUCACCUACAACGGCCGCCCCUUCUCCAACUCGAUGAAGCGCAGCAUUGGCUUCGUCACCCAGGACGACGUACUCUACCCCCACCUCACUGUCACCGAGACCCUCGUCUACACCGCCCUCCUCCGCCUCCCCUAACACCCUCACCCGCCAAGAAAGACCGCGCAGGCCGAGGCCGUCAUAGCCGAGCUGGCCUCACUGUCUGCCGCAACAGCAUCAUCGGCGGUCCGUUGCUGCGAGGAA